AUGAAGAACGAGAGAGAGUCCCAGAGGAUGAAGAACAAGAGAGUCCCAGAGGAUGAAGAACGAGAGAGAGUCCCAGAGGAUGAAGAACGAGAGAGAGUCCCAAAGGAUGAAGAACGAGAGAGAGUCCCAAAGGAUGAAGAACGAGAGAGAGUCCCAGAGGAUGCAGAACGAGAGAGAGUCCCAGAGGAUGAAGAACGAGAGAGAGUCCCAAAGGAUGAAGAACGAGAGAGAGUCCCAAAGGAUGAAGAACGAGAGAGAGUCCCAGAGGAUGCAGAACGAGAGAGAAUCCCAGAGGAUGCAGAACGAGAGAGAAUCCCAGAGGAUGAAGAACGAGAGAGAGUCCCAGAGGAUGAAGAACGAGAGAGAGUCCCAGAGGAUGAAGAACCAGAGAGAGUCCCAGAGGAUGAAGAACCAGAGAGAGUCCCAGAGAAUGAAGAACGAGAGAGAGUCCCAGAGGUUACAGAACGAGAGAGAGUCCCAGAGGAUACAGAACGAGAGAGAGUCCCAGAGGAUGAAGAAAGAGGACGUCACUGUCGCAGGGAGCAGCUCAUUCAUCUGUGUCUUUUAUGGAGUUACAACAAUACAUGA